AUGGCAUCUUUCAAUUGCUUUGCUUUGGCAUUCUUCGUGGCUUUGUCGUUUUCAAGCAUUGACGUUGGCCUAGCAGCUCGUCAGUUUCAGCAACUGCCUCCGAUGCCAACAUUGCCUACAACCACACUCCCACCACUCCCAUCUAUCUCUAAUCUCCCACAGCCAUCCAUACCAUCUUUCCCAAGGCUUGGGGCGCUUCCUCCACUUCCUACCAUGCCUGCUUUGCCUACAUUGCCCCCUCUACCAAGCAUGCCUUCCAUUCCCACGAUCCCAACUACAAUUCCCUCUAUUCCAUUCUUCUCUCCACCACCUUCUCCUUCUAGUCCUUAA